UUCAAUAGUCAAUUUGUCAGGUAAAAAAGUUUGCAAUUUUGCGCCUAAGCUCACUUCUUUAGAGUUUAUAUAAAAUUAUAAUCAGUUUGGCUAAUAUUAUUUUUUUCAUACUCUAUUCUGACUGACGAAUUCCUUUUCUCACCUCAUUGCCUUCACAGCUGCUUAAACCCUUGUUCUUUGCUCAUCCCUGAACAAUAUGUCAUCUCGGCCUGAACUCCAAGCGCCACCUGAGAUAUUUUAUGAUGAUGAUGAAGCCAGGAAGUAUACCUCCUCUUCUCGAAUCAUCAAAAUCCAAUCAGAGCUCACGGAGAGGGCUCUCGAGAUUCUUGCCUUGCCCAAAGAUGGAGUUCCCAGGUUGCUUCUGGACAUUGGUUGCGGGUCAGGACUCAGUGGAGAGACACUAACAGAUAAUGGUCACCAGUGGAUCGGUUUAGAUAUCUCUGACUCAAUGCUUAAUGUUGCGUUGGAGAGGGAGGUUGAAGGUGAUGUAUUACUUGCUGACAUGGGUGAGGGUUUGGGAUUUCGGUCUGGAGUUAUUGAUGGGGCCAUAAGUAUCUCUGCUAUUCAGUGGUUGUGCAAUGCUGACAAAUCCUCACACGAACCAACACUAAGAUUAAAGGCAUUCUUUGGAUCUCUAUACAGAUGUUUAGCAAGGGGAGCAAAAGCAGUAUUUCAAGUGUAUCCUGAAAAUAUGAACCAGCUAGUGUUAAUUUUGAUUUAUGCGAGGAAUGCUGGGUUAACUGGUGGCCUGGUUAUUGAUUUUCCCCACAGUGCCAAGAAAAAGAAAGUAUACAUUGUUCUUUCUUGUGGCCGACCAGGCAAGGAUGGAGAGAGUUGCUCUGAAGACGACGAUAGCAGCGGAGAUGAAGAAAAUCAAACGGUAUGUGUUUCUGACAGGCACAGGCCGUUGAAAAAGCAAAGAAUAAUGAAAAAAGGGAAGGACAGGAAAUGGAUACUGAAGAAGAAGGAACAGUCGAGAAGAAGAGGGAAUGUUGUACCUGCAGACACAAAAUACACUGCUAGGAAAAGAAAGGCUCGAUUUUGAAAGGGCCAUAUCUUAACUUGUUUGUAGCUCAUUUUAUGAGAUGGCUGCAAGGUUUGUUUGUGUAUAUUUCCCUUGGAAAUUUUGGCAGAGAGAUCAUUGAUUUAGUUGUGGUAGGUGAUUUUGUUUGAUUUAAUUUGAGGCACACCAUAGUGCUAAUGCAUAUAAUUAACAUAUUCAAUUUUUCUUUUCUUCCUCUAAAUGUUGAUAGACGCCAACACACAUUAAACGAAUCUGUCUAGUAAUUUAUAGAUGGACUAACAUAUCAAAUGUGUAAGAUUGAAGUGUGGAAUCUGUCUAGUAAUUUAAAUUUCUCAUGUUAUUAUUU